GUACAACAAAAUGGCGGCGUGCCUAAGUCAGUCGGAGUCAGGGAGGGGUGUGAUGUUCAGCAGGAGACCACGUCAGCAUGACCUUGCCGAGAAUGUACCUCGGCAUCUGUUGGGUUGAGCUCCACCACAAAUGUUGGAGCGUCUCUAGAAGAUGUAACUGGUGACAUUCAGCGUUGACUACAACACAACCAAACAUGGCAGCUCCCAUUUUCGACGUGACGCCCGGAACGGAGCAUAUGAAUGUGACGGACAGAAUAACAUUGCAGACUGCCACCAUGGUGACCAAUGGUACCAACACAACUUCAACUCCGCUGCCCGAUGCAGAAAUGGGAAGGUCAAGAAUAGGACUGGUGCUUGUUCCAGUUGGGGUGAUCACUAUAAUAGCAUUAGCUGUGGCCAUGGUUCUGUACAUCAGGAAGAGGAAGAGGCUGGAGAAACUACGCCACCAGCUGAUGCCAAUGUACAACUUUGACCCCGGCGAGGAGCAAGACGAGCUGGAACAGGAGUUACUUGACCACGGACGAGACGCAACCUCACAGGGCCUACAGAGCAAGAUCUUGAUGCCAAGUCAAGCUUCCUUGCAGAGGCCCAGUAGACUGGUGUUCACUGACGUGGCCAACGCCAUCAAUGCCUGAACAACACUUCAGCUCCAACAUGGAUGGACGAUACAUAUGGGAUCACGAGGUCCGCCUCCAGUCCUGUGUACAUUCUUAUGGACGCCUGCACCUUCUCACCUCUUACGGACGUCCAAACCAAUUGUCGGUCUCGGGCCACUGGGAGUAAUUUUGUGUGUCCUUAGGUUUAAAGGGAAGGGUUGGCUCAAGGCCUGCACCAACGAUGACAUGUCAGGCCGGGUACAGUGAGGUCAACUGGGCCAAGCUUCUCCACUUGGCAAUUGGUUUCAUCCACCUUGGUCAUUGCUAGGCACUAGUGGAAGGGGGUAAUGUUAAGCUCACCAACCACUCUCCCUCCCCCUCCAGCGCAUUGGGGAGGAAUUCCUUGCUCCCAUUGUCACGUGGGUUGCGACUGUCAUUUGCAUCCCCUGCCAGCACGACUGGUGGUCGGAUGGAGCAGCGAACCGUGCCCAAAGCCUGGCACUGCUGUGACCCCUGUUGGUGCCGUGGGACAGGAGAAACCUGGCUCUGAGGAGCAACCGGCCCGACCAAUGUCCUCACGCUAACAGAUUUAAGAAACAGCCUCUCACCUCGCAAGGUCUUCUGGCACGCACAUAACUCAGAAUCUCUAAAGUCUACCACAUCCUUCAUUCACCCCUUCUCACUCUCCCCUUCUCUUCCUCACUUGCCCCUGCCCAUCUCCAUCAAGCCCCCUUUCACUGCCAAUGGCGACUUCACCGCGUCCAACCUCUGGAGGAGAUGCUAUCAUCUCCGCUGGCAUACUUCCCACCAGGACCAAUCCAAUGAGCAAAGAUACGCACUAGGUGCCGGAGCAACUCAGGCGGGUCAGGCCGCAUCUCUGGUGUAAAUGGAUGGGUGAUGUUUCGGGUCGGGACCCUUCUCCAGAGCUGAGCAAGGAUGUUUUAACAGCUCACAGGUGAGUCAUAGAGAUGGAGCUACACAGCAUGGAAACAGGCCCUUCAGCCCACCUUGUCCAUGUCAACCAUGUUGGCGUAUUCGGUUAGUCCCACUUGCCUGUAUUUAGUCCAUGGACCCUUCCUAUCCAUUUAUUUGUCCUAAAAAAGUCAUAAUUGUAUCUACAUGCACAGCUUCCUCUGGCAGCUCAUUCCAGAUAUGGACCUACCCUCAUUGAUAUCCCUGGCCUGGGGAGGAGUCGAGGCAGGGAGCCUUCCUUAAACUAAUGACCAAAGUUAAAACUACUGCUUUUUAUGUUUGGGUGACCACUAUCUGUCAUUUUAUAUCCAACAACUGGUUAUAUUGUAGAUAGGCACAAAAUGCUGGUGUAACUCAGCGGGCCAGGCAGCAUCUCUGGAGAGAAGGAAUAGGUGACGUUUCGGGUCAGGAUCCUUGUUCAGAGUAAAGUUUCCGACCCGAAACGCCAUCUGUUCCUUUACUCCAGAGAUGCUGCUUGACCCGCGGAAAUGUUGUGUCUAUCUUCGGUGUAAACCAGCAUCUGCAGUUCUUUCCUACAUAACUGGUUAUGUUGAUGUUUGUUAUUAGUGAAGUGCAUAACUCACGGAGCUGUGCUUAUAUUGCGGCCACAUUACUAGAGGACCCUCACUCCUUGGUCAGAAGGUUGUGGACCUACUUUAGGUCUUGAAGCCCCUUUAAAUCUGGGCUGGUGGGAUAUACUGGGGUCUGGGGAGUGUGCAGAACUGUCAGAGAUGUUGUCUUAUGUUGAGACUUUUGAACUGAGACUCCAUCCACACCACACACUGCCAUGGUGAAGAAGAGAUGGGGUUGCUAUCACUAGGACUCUGCAACUAUAUAUAUUUCUCAAUCACUAAACCAGAUAAACUGCUCGUUAUCACAUUGCCACCUGGUUGUACUUGCCCCGUUCAACUUUGUGGCUCCGUUUCCCAAAUUAUAACAGGCCCCAGCUCAGAAGUACAGGCCCAUCAUCGGUUUUCCCGCAACUGAUGGUCCGACACCUCCUUUAAUCCAAAAUUACGAGAGCGCGCAUGAAUUGCCUAGGCCGGGUGUGGUGGCCGAUCUCAACCUCAUCAGGACUCCCAUUGCCGGAUUUCCACUCGGCGGAUCGAAUUUGUCUACUGCGGCCAGGGCUCUGGAACUCCAACCCGGCCAGAGAUGGCUGAUCCGUUCCCAUAGCCGACUUCUGAGCCGACUUUGUGGGCCGGUAACCUUUUACACCUCCUGAGGCCAUGGUUCGUCAAAACUGAAAAUCCAGCAAGGCUCUGGAACCAAGGGUGUCAUAAAAUCGGUGAUGGACCUGUACUUCAUUUGGGGGUGUGUGGAAAACAUCAAAAGCACUAGAUAAAUGCAGAAUGUGAUACAAUUUGACGUAAUCAAUGCAGGCAUCAAUGAUAACUAAUUAUAUAAUAUCUAACAAGGAUGCCAUCAAAUACCUGGGUCGGCCUUGCCCAGUUACACCAUUGUUUCUUUAAAAUCAGAUAGUUCUGUUGGGUGUCAUGGUUGGUGACAGAGCCAGCAUUCAUUGGCCAUCCUUCGUUGCCCUUAAUGUGGUGGUGAUCCACCUCUCAAUUUGCUGUAGUCCCUUUGUGUUGUUCAUUACAGAAGAUGCCCCAUAAUUUGCCGCAGUUUAUCCCUUUCAUUGUUGUCCGGGAAAAGGCUCAAUGUUGACCAUGGGCAAGAGAUGGUUGCUUAUUCCACCAAGAUUUCACUCUUGACAAUCGCUGGCUUCUAAACUCAACAUUGCAGUAGCCACCACCAUCUGCCCACUUCCCUUGAUGGUAUCUCACUAGCCCAAUCUCCAGUCACCCAUCUAUGCCAUGGAAACACACCUGGAAUCAAUGGGACCCCAAGCAUCUUCAUUUGGCUACAAGGACCACGCCUUCUCUGAGCAGUAGCUGGUGCUGCUGAUCUUUGGUGUUCAGCCAUGGCUCAGUUUGAUGGUGGCAACCAUAAGGCCCCAAGGCCCAGAACCAUAGUCUUCUCAAAUUCGACAAGUUGGUUUCUCUGAUUGACACAGAACGCUGGUGUAGCUCAUCGUUUCACGCAGCAUCUCUGGAGAAAAGGAAUUGGUGACGUUUCAGGUUGGAAGCCUUCAGAUUUGACGUUUCACAUCGGAACACUUCUUCAGUCCGACCCGAAAUGUCACCUAUUCCUUUUCUCCAAUGAUGCUGCCUGACCCGCUGAGUUGCUGCAGCAUUUUGUGUCUAUCUUCCAUAUAAACCAGCAUCUGCACUUCCUUCCUGCACAAGUCUGUUCCUCUUCCCAAAUGCAAAGAAAGUUGUGCUGGGCUCAUUGGCAGGGAAGUUGGGCUGGUGGUGGAGACGGGGAAGGCCGCUGAUGAUAAGUAGGCCACAUAAAAUUCCUUGCCUACCAAAUUAAAGCCUGAGAAGAUGGAGGUCUCUAUAAUAUAUGGAUAUUCUCCCUUAGAAAAUGGCUGAUUGUCUCAGUUUUGUUGCAGCUCUGAGGGAAAGGAGAAAUUGGAAGAUUACAGGGCUAUUGUACCAGCACACAACACAGUGAUACAUCAUUUAGAUAUCUGUAUCUCAGCUUUGUUGAUCGUAGUCGACUUAUUUAUCUUCAUUACAUGUAAGUCAGUGUAUUUCCCAAUAUUAAAAACUGAAAUAAAUCUAUGGUUAUUCUUGA